UGAGUCAUUUAGAUUGAGCCCACAAUUUAUGCAAAUGUAUUAACGACGGUGACUGAAACAUUAUUAAGUAAAUGUGUGAUUAACUUGAUAAUAUUAUGUUCAAAAUUGUACUGGUACAUCCAGUUAUGUCUAAAAAGUAUGUCCAAAUAAUGGCAAAAAGAUUGAAGUAAUAAUGUGAGGCAACCCAAACAUGUAUACAUAUAUUUAGUCAUCAAGUGAAGGAAAUGGACAAAUGACACUGGAAACUGUACUGAUAAAUCACAUCAAUUCAAAUGAAAAAAGAUUAUGCUAAGUAAUUGCUUGAUGCGAUGUUAGCAAGUAUUUGAAACUGCUUAGUCAAGUGCAACAUUGGAAUGAUGUGGAAAAGUGAUGACCUUAACUUUAUACAGCUAAUACUUAUUUAAAAGGAGGUGAUAAAUAAUUGCUGGAUAUAAUACAUUGUAUUUGUUUGUAGAAAAGGAUGAAGCAUACUAAAUUACAUUUCCAUAUUUUUUCCAUAAUUAUUUAAAUCAACAAAAUUGAUCAUUAAAUGCUUUGACAUGAUUAUGAGUUGAUACACUGAAGGCAGAGUUGAUCCUUUUUGUCUUAUUGGUGUUGCUUGUACUAAAACGUUGACUGGCAGUGAAUAGCUUAUCCAAACUGACGGACACAUGAUGCAGAUGUAGUUUCAUUUACUUGUAUUUUAGACGUUAUGAUAACUUACAGCUGAUUUGCCAUGCAAGUAACUUUUUGAAUCCUUACAUGAGGUAUUGAUGAAUUUCUGAAGCAUGCUCUAAGUGUCUUUAUCUAAACCGAACUUCGAUCUGUUGAAACAAACAAGGAGCACAAGGGAUUUUUAAAGAUAAACCCACGUGAAGGCCUUCCGUAUGCUGUGUUAUGCAAUGGCGCCAAAUUGAAGAGGACUGCUCUAUCUUACUUUUGGGGUCAUAGCCCCAGUGAUUGAACUAUUUUAGUGAUUGCAGAGGCACAUGCCUCUUUUAAGAUUAGGCUGACUGGAUUCUUUGAUAAGUAUUAAUUUUGAAAGAGAAUUCAACCAUGAAAUGCCAGGUGCUGAUGGUCGUUUUGCUCAUUGCCUUUGUCUCAUGUGAAGCAACUACAAAUUGCACUUCCAACACAACAGGUAUUGUAGAUUGUGGAACGACCGCUGCUCCUCCGAACGCAACAGUUGCAUACCCUAACUGUACAGUGUUUGAAUCCAUUGCAAAUGUCACGUGUAACGACGGGUACAGGCUAGUCGGGAGAAACAAUAGCGAUGUUUUCGAAAACAUUCAGUGUCAGAGUAACGGCACGUGGAAUGCAUCAAUAGGAUGCACGCCAAAAGAUUGUGGAGCGAUCGCUGCUCAGAACACAACAGUUGCAUACCUUAACGGUACAGUGUUUGAAUCCAUUGCAAAUGUCACGUGUAACGACGGGUACAGGCUAGUCGGGAGUAACAACAAAAGCGAUGUUUUCGAAUACAUUCAGUGUCAGAGUAACGGCAUGUGGAAUGCAUUAAGAAGAUGCGAGCCAAAAGAGAACAUCAUUUCUACUUCGACACCAAGCAAUUCUUCAAUGACAGAGCUUUCAUCAUCCCCAUCAAUUUCAGCAGCAAGCACGCAGGAACCAUUUGGAAACUCCACAGCCAAUGGACAGGAUGGAUCAAACAGAACUGUAGCAGCAACAACGAAAACAUGGGACCAAAAUGGAUGUUCAAGACUAGAAGCCGUUUGGUUCGUGAUAGCCAUACUGUUGCCAGUAGCGACCACCAACUUCUGAACAAUGUCUGUAAGGCACAGACAUCAAUCACAGCUGAUUAUAUGAUGUUCAUUUUGUCAGAUGCUUCAUUUGCUAUGCUGCUUAGCUGUUCAUUUUUUUGAUAACUUCUUGUGUGCAUUAGUAAACGAAUGUAUUCCCCCAAAUGUAUCAAAACCAUUCAAAGUUUUCUGAAAGUGCUUCGAUUCCUAUAAAAUAAACUGCUGCUUUAUAGAUUGUAAUAAUUAUGUUUAUGUUUGAACGCGCUAGGCGCCAAACAAAAAAUACAAAUGUAUGAUUACUAUAAUUACCCCCAACGUAUCAUAGAAUUUUGCGUUUAUAUCUGUAUUAAUAAAUCUUUAUUUUUGUAAUUUUGUUCACAAAAUUGAAUGAACUAUUUCGGCAUUUUUUUAAAUUUUCAUUUGAGGACUGGGUCUUUAUUUUUUACACAUCUUUAAUUCAAAGAAAUUUCAAAUUACAUGGAACACCAAUGGUUCUAAGACAUGAAUCACCAUUGCAAUAUAAUUGACAUUAGCUUUGGUCUAUGAUUGUUGAAAGACCAUGUGUUCGUGUUUACAUAUUAAUCUCGAAAAACAAGAGGGCCAGUAUAAAUACCUGAGGGUUGUAUCGUGCAGCAUUGUGAGUGCGGUGUGUCGAACUCAAUUGGCGACAAGAAAACCAAAGUCCGUUAAGUUACAUAGUAGCUUAUCCUGUUAUUUUAAACGCAUAGAUUAAAAAUAAGGCUGCAAACUACACAUUGAAUGAAUAUCUCAUUAAAAAGAAAUGUUAAAGGUAAGAUGACUUGUAACCCAACCCACAAAUAUGACAUUGCUGAAACAUACAACUUUUUACGCCCCAUGUUCAUUAAGAGUUCAAGUUUAUAUAUUUAUCAGAGAUUUUUUUCGCUAUUUGUAUUAAUAUAAUUUCAUUAAUUUAAUAAGUUUCGCCAUAAUUCAGAAUUAAAUAAAGGAAAUAAAAUUUCACAAAUUU